UGCACCAAACAUCAAGGAGAGAAACGAAAUACUCAUGUGAUUUGUUUUGUUACUUGCACCACCUUCAACUAUUAUAAACCUUUAUUUGCUCACACAAAACAACACAAACAAAAAGCCCAUAUCUUCACCACAUAAAACCCCAAUAUUAAUAACUUCCCACGCCCAAAGGACUCAGUGAUCGAGUCAUAAUAACAAUGGCAACAUCUACAUCUACUAGACAAUGGGUCUGCUUAGCCAUCUUAGCCCUCCUCGGCUCAACCCUAGCUAUGGCUCACAUGGUCAAGCCUACUAAAGUAGCUGAUUUGGAUCAUGAAGAAAAGCCACCUAAACCUGCCAGAUUACGUAAGCUCCAGAUGGACGGUAGCGGUGAAGAUGAAAGCUUACGGAUGGAUGAUGGAAAUGGUGCCCAGGCUAGCGGCUGCGACGGCCGCCAGGCUCAAGCGACCACCCCUGGUUGGGAGGAAGGUGGAGGAGGAAUCUAUGGAGGAGGCCACGGUAGUGGCGGUGCCACCUUUGGGUUUCAUAAGAUUAACCCGUUUCCGGCAUUCCCGUUUGGGGCUUUUGUGCCGGAGGUGUCCUCAUGGGGGGAAGGAGGUGGCUAUGGUGGUGGAUCAAAUGCCAAAUCAGGUACAGGUAGAGGUGUACAGUGUCAUUGUUCAAAUGGAUAUGCGAUGCAGUACACUAUGAGCCCCAUCAACUUUCCACCCAUGGCCAUGGAUCCCACCAUGAGAAGGACCGAUCCCGAAGACAUGGCUCCAACCUCAUCACCCUAAAAACCUUUUCUUUUUUAUGAUAUCACUGACUAUUGUAUUUUCUGUCUUUACUCAAUUUAUCAUCUUCCUAUAAAUAAAAAGUAUUAGGUAUGUCGCAUUUAUUUUGCUUCUUUUGUCUACUUUCGGAGACCAAAUCAAGUCACAAAAGUAUGACUAUGAUGUAAAUUUUUUAAGCACACUUACACUAAUUUUCAAUUUAGUCAAC